UUUAGCCCUUUGGUUUGAAUGUCAGCACAUGAUUUCGUUACUUUUCCAAGAUAUUUGUUAUUUUAAAAAACUGUUGUAGGAUUUUAACCAUUUUCUGUUUGUGAUGGAGGAAAAAUGAACACUGGAACAGCUGAUGCAAGAACGUCUCGGAACCUCACACCUGCUAUAAAACUACCAUGGACAAUUCAACUAAAAUACUGUUUGUUCUACAAGGACUGAAUGAGACGAUGUCAAGCAAACACAAAUAUUUUGUCGUCACAUUUCUUGCUUACCUUUUUACAAUUUCAGUGAACCUGACUUUGAUUGCGACAAUUAUUUUGGAGAAAACGCUCCACGAGCCCAUGCUUAUAUUUCUCUGUAACUUGUGUGUAAAUGGGAUAUUUGGUGCCUCUGCAUUUUAUCCUAAAAUAUUGGUGGACCUUUCAUCUGACUUAAGUGUUAUUUCAUAUGAAGCUUGUCUGGCCCAAAUAUUUGUAAUAUACAGCUACGUAUUCUGUGAGUUCGCUACGCUAGCAGUGAUGGCUUAUGACAGGUAUAUCGCGAUAUGCAAGCCGCUCAAUUACCACUCUAUCAUCACGCCUCAGAAGGUUGUGAAAUUACUACUUUAUACCUGGUUUGUAUGCAUUUGUGAAUCACUAUCAUUGGUGGCCCUGACAGCCAGACUACCCCUCUGUCGAUUCAACAUCGACAAACUUUACUGCACAGUUUGGGCCGUGGUGAAGCUGUCAUGCGUGGAUACCACUAUCAACAACGUGUAUGGGACAUUUCUCAUGUUUUUUCACAUUUCACAAGCAGUGCUGAUUUUUAUUUCCUACAUCAAUAUCAUAAAAGUCUCUGUGCGAUCACCGGAAGAUCGGAGUAAGUUCAUGCAGACCUGUUUGCCCCAUUUAAUCACACUGACCAGCUUCUUGAUCGCAUUCUUUUUUGACAUUUUGUACGCUCGCUAUGGUCCCACCACUCAUCUGCACGCUCUCCGCAGUUUCAUGUCCCUGGAGUACCUCCUUGUUCCGCCGAUCCUGAAUCCCCUCAUUUAUGGCCUGAGGCUGAACCAGGUCCGCCGGAGAAUUUUUAGAAUUUGCAGCCAGAAAACACAUGCUCUAAAGUGAAUAUUGUGUCUAAUUUGCUGUCCAAGCAGGAAAUGGUUUUUCUUUUAAAUCUGUGAUUGAUUGAAUUUUACAUUUGGA